AUGACCCGUGUUGUGGAAGCGGUGACCCGUGCUGUGGAAGUAGUGAUCCAUGCUGUAAUAGCAAUGACCCGUGCUGUAAUAGCAAUGACCCGUGCUGUGGAAGUAGCGAUCCAUGUUGUGGAAGUAGUGAUCCGUGUUGUGGAAGUAGCGAUCCGUGCUGUAAUAGCAAUGACCCGUGCUGUAAUAGCAAUGACCCGUGCUGUGGAAGCAGUGAUCCAUGCUGUGGAAGUAGUGAUCCAUGCUGCAAUAGCAAUGACCCGUGCUGUAAUAACAAUGACCCGUGUUGUGGAAGCAAUGACCCGUGCUGUGGAAGUAGUGAUCCGUGUUGUGGAAGUAGCGAUCCGUGCUGUAAUAGCAAUGACCCGUGCUGUGGAAGCAGUGAUCCGUGUUGCGGAAGCAAUGAUCCGUGCUGCAAUAGCAGUGACCCGUGCUGUGGAAGCAGUGAUCCGUGUUGUGGAGGCAUUUGUGAUUGUCAGGACUGUGUAUCAACAUGUUGCGGCAAUUCUAAAAGACAUGUCAUGGAACGGUCAGUCUGCCAUACGACUUGCUGCAAGAAGUGCUGCGGAAAUUCCGCUAGUAGUUGUCCACAACUUGCAUGUACAAAACCAGAAUGUGUACUAUCAAAGGAAUAUUGCUGCUCAACAGACGGCUUACCAUCAUACUGCAAUGAUACAUGCUGUAACAGUACUGACCCGUGCUGUGGAAACCCCGAUCCGUGCUGUGGAAGCAAUGAUCCGUGCUGUGGAAACUCUGAUCCGUGCUGUAACAGUACUGACCCGUGCUGUGGAAGCAAUGAUCCGUGCUGUGGAAGCAAUGAUCCGUGCUGUGGAAGCAAUGAUCCGUGCUGUGGAAGCAAUGAUCCGUGCUGUGGAAACUCUGAUCCGUGCU